AUGCUACUACUACCCCUUGCUUUGGCAAUUGUUUUGCCUUUGGUACAUGCCAAUGUUAUAGGUGUCAGUAAUGAGCGUCAACACCUAUACCUGCCAAAAGAAGACAAGCAAGGAAAUCUAUAUUGGACCUGUUUAAAUGACACCUCCAUCAUAUUACGUUUCGAUCAAAUCAACGACGACAUUUGUGAUUGUCCUGACGGAUCAGAUGAGCCGGGAACCAAUGCAUGCCCAAACCCUCCAGCUAAAUUUUUCUGCGUCAAUGAGGGAUUCUUUCUGAAUUACAUUGACCAAUCCAGAGUGAAUGAUGGGGUGUGUGAUUAUGAUUUAUGCUGUGAUGGAUCUGAUGAGUGGAAAUUGGGUGGCUGCGAGAAUAAAUGCGAAGAGGUUAACCGUCAAUUUCAGGACUAUAGGAAGGAAAAGUUAGCAUUCUUGAAGAAGGCUGCUGUGAAAAAGGCAAAAACUAUCAAGAUUGCCCAGCAUAAAAGACAAAAGUUGCUCAACAAAUUGAAUUCUUUAGAAGUGCAAGUUCCUGAAUUGAAAGCCAAAAUCAAUAAUGCUAAACUUCAAGCAGAAAAUAUGGAAGUUCAAGACAAUUCAGUUUUUGACGAGUUGCGUGAGCAUUUUGGAGGGUUGGCAGAUAAAUUGGAAUUGCACAAGCGGGAUAUCCUACACCAAGAAUCCAAGCUUCAAGCCUUGGAAACUAUAUUGGACUUUUUAUCAACCCAUUACAACCCCAAUUUCAAUGAUGCUGCCGUAAAAGAGGUUAUUCAAAAAUUUCAGGAAUAUGUUUCGAAUAAAGAAGAAGAGGCUUUGGAAGAUAUACACGAGACUAAUCAAAUUAUCAUUCAGUUGGUGGAGAAGGCGAAGCAAAUGUCGCACCUGGGUGUGAAGAACGUUGACAAUUUCGCGCCAACAAUUCCAAAUAUGAUCCGAUACUACUACCAGCUUGCCGUGGAUAAGUUUUUACCCAAACCGGUGGUUGAGUACAAAUCAGACUUGUCUAGUAAUGAGUUGGACCAUGAAGUUGAAAAGUUCGAACAGGAAUUGGAAAGGCUAGAGACGAAGAUACAAAUUAUCAAAGAAGAUUUGAGCUCUGAUUACGGACCAGAUGACUUGUUACGCGCAUACGAUCAAACAACAUUUACUAAGGACUUGGGUGGAUACAACUACAGAGUCAAUUUGCUUCAAGGGGUCUCACAGGAUGACAUCUUCAUUGGUAAAUUUAAAGAGUAUAAGGAAAACAAGGUAAUCUAUGAUCAAGGUGCUCGAUGCUGGAAUGGACCGAAACGGUCUGCAACUGUUGAAUUUGCAUGUGGAGAGGGACCGGAAAUAGUGUCUGUCAGUGAACCGGAAAAAUGCCAUUACUACUUUACUAUACAAGGUGAGUCAUGGUGCAAUGAAGCAACAGAGCAAGAAAUUCUACACAGUUUCCAGGUAAAUGUCGAUCUAUUAUAA